UCUCCGUGGUUCUGACGUCAUCACCAUGCGCCGUUGACUCUGUUGUGCUUCGCCCUCACACACAUGCAACUGAGCGACAAACGUGGUCAAUAAAAAGUUGCCUACAAUCAUGCUGCGAUUAACAUACGAGCCGUAAAACGCAACCAACAUAAAAUAUUGCAACUAACUGUAUUUAUAUCGGAUGAUCAACUUGGCGCUUUUAUCCAACCGUCGUCUGGUUUUGACACCGUAGCCCGAGUUUGGGGGAUACAAGAAGAUGUUUAAGGAGGAUGAAGACUGGAAUGACGCCGCUGACGUCCCCCGUCAAAAUGUUGUUCAUAAGAAGCCAAACAGUACUAAUGUUAAGUCAAAAACAGUGGGAAAGAAGAGUCUCCUGCGUACGCUGCAGACGUUGGGAUCGAUUCCGGACUGGAAGGAUGACGAACGGCCUCAGUCUGACAGUGACACGGAAGCAGCCGCACCGCACGGCCAGAAGACCAAGAAAAGAAGGCAGAGAACAAAACAAGGGAUGGCGACAACAACGGGAGAGCAGGAUAACAGUUCGGCUGUCAAAACUGUAACCAAGAAGAAGAUAGUGGCAAAGAAAAUUGGCGUGCCGAAGGGGAAAGAUGCUCCCACAGGGGAGGCGGAGGGCAAGGAAAGCUCGCAGAAGCCAGCCGGAGACGCCGCCAAGCUGAGCCGGCAGCAGUGGAAAAACAAAAUGAAGAACAAGAGGAAAUGCAAAAAUAAAUACCGCCAGAAGAAACCCGAAGAGAAACUCCAGAAGGCGAAUCAACCGCUUCCGGCGACACAUUCAAACAUUAACAGUAACAAACGAGUAGAGGUACGAAAUGAGAAAAUCGUGCCACAGAAAAGGAAAAAGACUGAUGAUGUCGGCGAAGAGACAUUACCAAUAAAAAUAGCUAAGAAGGAAAAUAUAAAAGCAAUCAACGGCUCAAAACGGGAAGCGGGCAACCCGCAGCGACAAAAAGCCGAGGGGCUGAAACGCGAGCGCCUCCGGAAACUUCUCUUGCGAGACGCUCCCAAGGAGCCCAAAGAGGAGGCGGAGGUCGUCUCGCGGGAGGCGGAGGUCGUUUCGCCGCAGGCAGUGGAGGACCGCUCCGCGACGCUGCGUUCGCGCAUGGAGCGGCGCCUGGAGGCGGCCCGCUUCCGCUACAUCAACGAGCGGCUGUACAGCUGCACCGGCGGCGAGGCCAAGCGCAUGUUCCAGCAGGACCCGCAGGCCUUCGAAAUCUACCACAAGGGCUACGCGGCGCAGGCGCGCCACUGGCCCGUCGACCCCGUUGACGCCAUCAUCGCCUACAUAAAAAAAAAACCUCGCUGGCAGGUGGUGGCCGACUUCGGCUGCGGCGACUGCAAGAUCGCGCGCAGCAUCAAGAACAAGGUGCACAGCUUUGACUUGGUGGCAACCUCCGACUUGGUGACCGUCUGCGACAUGGCCAAAGUCCCGCUGCCAGACAGCUCGGUUGACAUCGCCGUCUUCUGCCUCUCGCUCAUGGGAACAAACCUGGUGGAUUUCCUAGGCGAGGCCAAUCGUGUCUUGAAAAGAGGAGGUGUCUUGAAAAUCACGGAGGUAGCAAGCAGAUUCGACGACGUGAGGACCUUCUUGAAUGGGCUGGUCAAACUGGGAUUCAAGAUGGUGUCCAAGGAUACGGAGAACACGCAUUUCUACUCGUUCGAGUUCACCAAGACUGCCGACGCGGCGGCCAAGAUGAAGAAGUUCAGUUUGCAGCUCAAGGCCUGCUUGUACAAGAAGAGAUAAUUUUGGGGACGUCGACGUACCGGACGAUUGUGUCUGUCUUUUGUUAAAAGGAGCAUUUACAUUUUUAGAAAUACCUACUAUGUGUGUACACGUUGAAAUAUACAUCUGUACCAGUUUUCUGUAUUUAC